AUGAAUAGCAAUUUUGCCUUGCUGCUGGUAUUGAUCUCAUGGAAUGUUUUGAAUGAGACCGAAGGUCAGAAACCACCACAAGGUUUUAGGUAUGCCUCUUAUGAGAUGACCAUACCUAGGAAACUAACCCCCAGAUAUGGAAGAGAACCCCACAGUGUCACCUACCUGCUGAAGAUUGAGGGGAAGGGCCAUGUGGUGCAGCUCAGGCAGAAGAGGGGCUUUGUCCCUAAAUACUUUCCUGUCUUCACUUACAGUAAGGAAGGGGACCUACAGGUGGACUAUCCUUUCAUCAGAGAUAACUGUUUCUAUCGUGGCUUUGUACAAGGCAAGCAUUCCGCUCUGGUCACACUUAGCACUUGCUCAGGAGGACUCAGGGGUCUGUUGCAAUUAGAAAAUGACACCUAUGAAAUUCAACCUGUGCAAGCAUCUGCUACUUUCCAACAUGUGGUGUAUAGGCUGGAAGAAAAGGAGGGUGCUGUCCGCAUGAGGUGUGGUCUAACUGAGGAAGAGCAAAGUCACCAAGAGGCCAUGAUCCAAAAUAUAACAAAUGCAGCAGUACAAACUGUUGAAAGAGGAGUCUGGUGGACACACAUCAGAUAUGUGAAGGUUGCAAUUGUGAUAGAACAUGAACGAUAUGUCCAGUUUGACAGGAAUGAAAGUCGUACUGCUAUACAAGUUCUGGAAAUUUUCCAUGCUGCUAACUCAUUCUAUGAGCCACUUUCUGUUGAGUUGUCUAUAGCUGGACUAGAGAUAUGGUCAGAAAAGAAUCUCAUACAAAUUCCUAACAACAUAGAUGACACACUUGAGAAUUUCAAUCUUUGGAACAGAAACUCACUAGCUAAACGUAUAGAGAGUGAUGCUAGUCACUUAUUUGUAUACAAGAGUUUUGGAGGUACGCUUGGAUUAGCAUUUAUAGGAACAGUGUGUAAUAAACAUUGGGCAUCUGGGGUUGAAUCAUAUGUGACUUCCAGUUUGUUCCAUUUUUCCAACACAUUUGCCCAUGAAUUAGGACAUAAUCUUGGCAUGCAACAUGAUGGAAGAUACUGCACUUGCGAUCGACGUGCCUGCAUUAUGGCUCCAGCUCAAGCAAACACUGAUAAGUUUAGCAAUUGCAGUUAUAAUGAUUAUUUCAAACAUCACAACAAGGGAUGUUUAUUAAUACCACCUGACCCUAAAAAAAUGUUUACAUUUGCAUACUGUGGCAACAAGGUAGUGGAAGAUGGAGAGCAAUGUGACUGUGGUUCACCAGAACAAUGCAAGUUGGAUCCAUGUUGCCAAUCUAAUUGUAUGUUGAGUCCAGGUGCCACUUGUGCUUUUGGACAGUGCUGUGCUAAAUGUCAGUACCUUCCAGCUCAUUCUGUUUGCAGAGAGAAGGUUAGCAGAUGUGAUCUUCCUGAAUACUGCAAUGGGACUUCAGAGUGGUGUCCUGAAGAUGUUUAUGUACAAGAUGGUGCCCCAUGCAGUGAUGGCACAUACUGUUAUCAUGGGAAUUGCACAACUCACAAUGGACAAUGCAAAAUGAUCUUUGGCAAGAAAGCAAUAGGUGCAUCAGAAGUUUGCUUUAGAGAGAUGAAUGAUAAAGGGGAUCGCUUUGGCAACUGUGGCCUCAGCCAUGGAACUUAUAAGAAAUGUAAGGCUGAGAAUAUCCUGUGUGGUCGACUUCAGUGUGAAAACGUUGAUAAAUUACCUUCUUUGGAGGAACACAGCACCAUAGUUAAUACACCCGUUGACAAUAGGCAAUGCUGGGGUAUAGAUUACCACAGUGGAAUAGAAUUGCCUGACAUUGGAGCAGUGAGAGAUGGUACUCCUUGCAGGACUGACAUGAUGUGUAUUAAUGGGGAGUGUAUGGAAGUGUCUCUCUUACAGUAUGAUUGCAAUCUCACAAAAUGUCAUAAUCGGGGAUUAUGCAACAAUCACAAACAGUGUCACUGUGAUCCUGGCUGGGCCCCUCCGGACUGUUUCAAUAGAGGCAACGGUGGCAGCACUGACAGUGGACCACCUCCACGACAAGAGAUUUUUAAGAGUACUGGCAGCAGAGCAGGGAUGAUAGCUGUAAUUGCAUUUGUCCUUUGUGCUAUUGUUGCUGGUAUUGGUCUGGGUAUUUAUUUCAGGAACGAACUGAGACAGAAGUAUGUAACAUUUAGGGAAAGAAUGCAUAAAAAGAUCAAAAAAGAAGAAAAGAUCAAAAAAGAAGAAAGACCAGAGUAA